AUGGACGAUGACAAGUUGCUGGCGAUCCUGGAGAGCAGCCAGGAAGGGGAGGAACGGGGACUAGGGCCGGAGGAGCGCGAUCCGGCGGAAACUUUGGGCCGGCUGAGCGACGAUGCGCUCAUCGAGUACAUGACGAAUUUGUCGCAGGGCGCGAGGAAGGACUUCACUAGAGAAGAGUACUUUAGGGAUAAGGAGAUCAAACAACGUGAGCGAGAUGAAGCUACGAGGGCAGGGCUCGGACGGGCGAAUGCUCCGAUAUUUGCCGGGUGUACUAUAUACAUCAAUGGAUACACGAAACCUGGCAGACUGCAGUUGCAUGAGAUGAUUGUGUCGUAUGGCGGGAAAUUCCAACACUACCUUUUGGCCAAGAAGAAAGUCACACACAUAGUGGCGACGAAUCUGCCGCUGAAGAAGAGGCUGGAGUUUCGCAACUACAGGGUGGUGCGGCCGGAGUGGAUCACGGAGUCAAUCGAGCAGCAGAAGUUGCUGCCGUGGCAGGAUUAUGCGUUGUCGUGGGACCAGGAGCAGCGGAGUCUGCAGCUGAAAGUAGCCAGCGCUCCCGUAAGCAGUGCGGUUGAUUGCAAGGAUCCGAAUUUCCUGAAAACUUUUUUUGAGAACUCGCGGUUGCAUCAUCUUUCCAAUUGGAAGGCUGACCUGCGAUCGCGCUUUCUGUCUGAGGGGUUCAACAAGCCGUCUCCCGGCGACGCUCUCUCGAUCUUCCAUAUUGAUUUUGACUGCUUUUUCGCCACUGUAGCUGCGCUUGGUUGCGAGAGCUGCGACAUCAAUAGGGACCCCAUAGUUGUCUGCCACGGUUCGAAGAGCUCCGAUAUAGCAAGUUGCAACUACGUUGCUAGAAAGUACGGUAUCAGGAACGGUAUGUGGGUUUCCAGAGCCAAGUCCCUCUUACCUCCUGGCGUCGAGCUGGUUUCGCUGCCGUACAACUUCAAAGAGAUCGAGGAGAAAUCCAAAAUCUUUUACACUGUGCUGAAGGAGUACAAGAUCAAAUUUGACCUCAUCUUGCCCAUCUCAAUAGACGAGGCCGUCUGUGUUGUGAUCGACCACCACACUCCGCAUCCGAUAGACCGCGAUGAGAUUUGUAGGGAGUUGCGCUCGGAAAUUUGGAAGAGGACGGGAGGCUGUACGGUUAGUAUUGGCUGCUCGAAUACUCUUGUUCUGGCGAGGCUGAAUUUAAAAAUUGCUAAGCCAAAUGGUUACCAUAUUUUGACGCAGCAGCAACUGGUUGAGAAUGAAGCGGAUUGGCACUCUUAUCUUGGCAAGUUCCAGAUCGAUGACUUGCCGGGGAUCGGGUACUCUAUCGUUUCCAAGCUAAGAAGUCUACGUCAGCACCUGAAUAACCUUCUCCAAUUGAAACAAUAUUUCCAUAAUUCGUUGCCGUUAUUGCAGAAGUGUGUUGGUAAGAAAACCGGCAGCAAGAUUCUCAUGUAUCUUCAUGGGAAGGAUGACGAGGAGAGUAGCAGAAUGAUUUUUGAACCGGAAAGCUUCUUUGCCCGCAAAUCUUUGUCGAUAGAAAUCAAUUGGGGGAUAAGGUUCGAUACUGUACAGGAAAUUGACAACUUCAUUGAUACUUGUGCUGAUUAUCUGGUGCAAAAACUACAGGAAAUGAAUAAAAGAACUUCUCAGAUAACUCUCAAAGUGCUGCGUAGAUGUGCGGACGCUCCAAUAGAGCCCCCAAAGUAUUUGGGCUGCGGUGAAUGUGAUGCACUUAGCCACAAUUGCAGGCUUGGCAUUCCGACCUCUGAGCUGGGGGUCAUUGCGACCGAGCUGAAGAGCACUUUUAGACUACUAGGCUGUCCACCUAAAGAUCUUAGGGGCGUUUCAAUUCAGUUUAACAAGUUAAUUGAGGUCUCCUAUGAUCAGAACGAAAAUCAGCAGCGAUUGAAAUUGCCAUUCCAGAAAACUUUGAAUUUCGAUGUUUUCGACAACCUGCCAAGCGAUGUGAAGAAUGACUUCUCAAAAGAACUGAAGCGGCGUAACAUUGUUCUAACUAGCUCACCAAGACCUAAAACUAGCUAUGCGGCAACUUAUGAGGAAAAGUUCAUGGAGGAAUUACCAACGCAGAUACGCAAUGAGGUCAAGAACGACUUGAGAAUAAACCGAAAAAUCACGAGAACAAAGUUGAGUGAGUUGCGAGAACAAAACCGAAAAAAGAAGGAGUCUAUCAGAAAUGUGCGAGCUCAUUUAUUGGGUCAUGAAAGCCUGUUCGAACCUAUUAAAUUCCAAAAGGAAUCGAGGUUCAAAGAUAUUUGUAGAAUUGUAAUGGAAUGGUUCGACGCUACCUUGAUAGAGGGACCCCAUGAGAAGGAUUUAUUACUAUUUGAGAAUUAUUUAGACAAGCUAUCAGAUUCCAAUAGGGUUCCUUUAAUUUUAAGAUUUUCCAAAUUGAUUUCUGUUCGGCUAAACUUAAAAUCUAACCAAUACGGACAAGAAGCGGGAUUCCAGGAAUGGGAACAGUUCCUGCUGAAAAACGUAAUACCUAAACUGAAUAAGAACAAGCACACGUUUCAAACUGUUAGAAAGCUAGAUAUAGACUUCGACAUUUAG